CGCCUUCCCGCUUCCUUCUCGCCGUUCGAGAACCCGCCAUUUUGAAAACCUUGUUGAUUCCGGGGUGCAGAAGGAGAGAGACCGAGCGGCCGACAGACCGGACGGGUGACCGACCGAGCGGCGGCAGGACGCCUGUGUGUGUGUGUCGCUGUGCGUCGCGGCGCGAGGCCCCGCCCUCUCCAUCCUCCGGUAACUGUCGCUCCAGCCGCUGUUGCUGCCGCAGCAGCGCCUGAGAAAGGAGAUAGCAUCUGGGGCUCGAGCUGAGAGCCGUACACCAUGUCUUCUGUUGCUUCAUCAAAAGAAGAUACAAUGUCAUCUGAAAAACCAGAUGAGAAACAGUCUGAAACUGAAAACAAAGACAAAGCUGAGGAAAGUGAUGAGGAAGAAGAGGAGGAGGAGGAGGAGGAAGAAAAGGAAAAGAGUCUAAUUGUUGAAGGGAAAAGGGAGAAAAAGAAGGUUGACCGACUGACUAUGCAAGUGUCCUCGUUGCAAAAGGAACCUUUUACAAUUACACCAGGAAAAGGACAAAAACUCUGUGAAAUUGAAAGGAUACAAUUCUUUCUGAGUAAAAAGAAGACAGAUGAACUUAGGAACCUGCACAAACUCCUCUACAACAGGCCAGGCACUGUUGCUUCCCUAAAGAAGAAUGUGGGUCAGUUCAGCGGAUUCCCAUUUGAAAAAGGAAGUGACCAAUACAAAAAGAAGGAAGAAAUGUUAAAAAAAUUUAGAAAUGCAAUGUUGAAAAGCAUCUGCGAAGUUCUCGACUUGGAAAGAUCAGGUGUUAAUAGUGAGCUUGUAACCAGAAUCUUAAACUUCUUAAUGCAUCCAAAAUCUUCAGGCAAGCCAUUGCCAAAGUCCAAAAAAACACCAAGCAAAGGUGGCAAAAAAGAGCGCAGUAGCACUGGAACAACAAGAAAAGCAAAACACACCAAGUGUCCAGAGAUCUUGUCAGAUGAAUCCAGUAGUGAAGAAGAUGAAAAGAAAGAAAAAGAUGAUUCUUCAGAAGAGAAAGAAAGUGAAGAUGAGCCUCCUAGAAAAUCAUCUAAAAGAGAAAGAUCUAAAAAGAAUACUUCCAAAACCAAGAAAGCUGUGAAGAGUGCGAAUGUCAAGAAGGCAGAUAGCAGCACUACUAAAAAAAGUCAGAACAGCUCUAGAAAAGAAAGCGAGUCUGAUGAUAGUUCAGAUGAUGAACCUUUAAUUAAAAAGCUGAAGAAGCCACCCACAGAUGAAGAAAUUAAAGAAACUGUCAAGAAGUUGUUGGCCAAUGCAAACUUGGAAGAGGUCACAAUGAAACAAAUUUGCAAGGAGGUGUAUGAAAACUAUCCUAGUUAUGAUUUAUCUGACAGGAAAGACUUCAUUAAAAAAACAGUCAAAGAGUUGAUUUCAUGAUCUGAUUUGACUGGGGAAUGAAGAUUCCUGGUUUUAUGUUCCAAUGGAUUUGAAGAUUUGAUAGGCACCAGCAAAAGGAAUGUGUGUUACCCUUGGUGGUAUUUAGUCAGAGCUGAUUCUGCUGAUCUAAUGUUAAGAGUGUUGAUGUAAAUUGCUUUGUGUGUCUUUUUGUUUUAGUUUGAGUUUUUUUGCUUGUUUUGUUCUGGGUUUUUUUUUUGGUGGGGAAACAAAGCUGCAUUUGAUGCAGGUUUUAGUUGAACAUACUUAAGCUUCGUGCAUGGCAAUAAAUGUUUCUUUUUUAUAGUUUUUGUACAUUUCGAAUUGCUUUGUAUAAUUAGAUUCAUUAGAACCAUCAUAGCUUUUCAGUGUGGAUUACUAGCUUGCAGGAGAUUUUAAAAUCAAGUAAAAUGAAAGCUGCUUAUCUACACAUACACAUGCAGAGACUGGAUUAUUGCAGUAUUAGUUAUAAAGAUAUUUUGAAUACAUAUCCCUUCUGAAAAUAACAAGAGUUAGUCACGUUAAUCUCUUUUAUAUUCUGAUACAUUCUAUAGAUGCAGAAUUAUUCUGAAUCUAGAUUAUUGUCUUGCAUGUGUAGGCACUGAGAGAACUGUCAAAGCAUGGUAACUAAUUGGCAUAAAGAUGUUAUUUUUGUACUUUCAAAAGGCUUUUUGUUGUGUAUAUAAAGUUAUUUCAGAUUUCUUUUGUGCAAAUCAGUUUUUUUAAUCUUGUUAUCUUAGAAUUUAUGACAUGAAAUGUCAGUGUUCAGCAGUGAGGCUAUGAUGAAAAGUGGUAUGCAGAAGUUUCAUGAAGCUACAAACAAGUGGAGGUUUUAUGAUGUUUGUCCUAUCUUGCCUUGUACAGAAACUAAGCUGUAGUUUUAUACUUAAGCUUUUCAGCUUAUAACUUUGUAUAAAAGACUACAGAUAUAUUUGUUUCAAUGGCUUGAGAAAGUAAAUAAAACCCUCCACAGGCUGUAGAAAAAUUUGUAAAGGUCACUUUGCAAAAAAAUCUUUAGUGUCUUGACUUGAUAGCCUAGCAUCUUGGAAGUGGGUUUCCAAGAUGUACAGCUGGGAGGCUCAAUAGUUUUGGAAAUCCACAGCGGGGCUUUUGUGUCGGAUAGCGCUGAUGUGUGUGGUUAAGUUCUCUUCUGUAUGCGAAAGCUCUUCUGAACCUGAGCCCUCGUGCUUCGGCAUAGACAAUGGUACUUUUAAAAAAGCCUGUGGUCCUGAACUUUGGCCCACAGCUUUUCAGAUCAAAGUGAACUCAUUGCAUAAGUUUUUGUUCUUUAAGUUUCUGUUCUCCAUAUACCUUGGGAAAUCCUACACCUAACAAUUAUGAAACUAAUAAUUGCCAAAGUGUGGGCUGCCAUUAAUGCCAUGAGCACAGAAUCUCUCUGACUGUAGUAUUGCUGAAAGACAAAGCAUAUUUUUUGAAUUUUAUUGUACAGUUGGGAAAUAUGGGUUCAUAAAAGAUUUAAAUUCUGAAAAUGUUCAGCCAGUUAGACUAUUAUUCUUAACAUACUUUUUGAAUUUCUUUGUGUGUAAUGGUUUAUAAUAAGGCUGAAUGUAAUGGGGGGGUUUUGUAUUCAAUAAAUGGCUUUCACAAAAAUGUAAA